UUGGUAUGAAGCUGAGGCGCUGCCAUCUGCUGGACAUGAGAAAAUCCAAACUUCCUGAUGAGGAGCAACCAAACAUCAGCCCCGUCAUCAGGAAAGCUUCUCUGAAAAAGGAGAAGAGGAUAAAAAAGAAAACAAAGAAAGAAAAGAAGGAGAAAAAGGAGGUGGAACAGAAGGAGGAAGACGAGGAGGAAAUGAAAGGAGAGAAGGAAGUGAAGGUGCAGAAGAAGAAGGAUGAAAAAUCAGGGGAAGCUCCAAUUGAAACCAAAGAGAAAGCAGUACAGACAGACAGUACACAAGAAGUAAAAUGGAAACUUUUGGAGUUUUGGAUCAAUAAAGACCUAGAAGUACAGAGACGGCGAGAGGAAGAACUAAGGGAGGAGGAAGAGUUCUUUAGCUGAAAGAACAACUGAAGCUAAAUUGUUUACAUCAGAGCCCCUCUCUCAUAUCUACCAGAGCUACGUGUACCAGCCAGGGCUCUGCCUCUUCUGCCACUCCUGUGUGCCAAUAUGUCCCGCCCCUGAGAAACCAUCUUGUAUUGUCAUCCU